AUGGCGUCCUAUGGCGUUCAGUUCACGGGUAAAUUUGGUGCUCACGUUAUAUUCAGCGUUCUUCGGAAGGUGGACAUUGAAGCAACAAUCGGAGAAAUCGUUCAAGAUCUGGCCGCUGAUAAUUUUGUGGUUAAGAACAUCAAGGCAUCUAAGGAAAACUGUGAUCCGGUCGGGAUUACCCGAGUAAAGCAUCUUUCUAUAGGAUAUCCUUUGUAUAGUAGCGCUGCACAAGCCAGGGGGAUACGCGGGGCUUCCCGUCGACGUCCAAACUUAGAGACCCAUUUCCGUCAUGAAUGCCGCGAUUUGUGUAUAGUUUUCGUGAAUGGAGGUAUGAAAGCGUUUGGAAAUCUGCCCACAGUAAUAGGUACUCUGAACAUGAACAAUAUCAAGUUAGCUACCUUCGACGUCGGGUAUUUCAUGGGCCACGUUGAAAUCGAUAGACUUCUGAUGGAUUCUUCAGGCAUAAAGUACAUUCAUCCAGUGAACACAACGUUGGUACAAAAAGGAAAUGUGCCACUGAUUAAAGAACUUACAUUAAAUUUUAACAUCUUAAGUAACAUUCCUAGGUAUGCUCUUCGUGGUUUUGAAAAACUGCAAGUCCUAAACCUUCAAGGGAAUCGUAUAUCGAGCAUCAAUAAUGAAUCAUUUUGUGGCUUACAUGCACUGGUAGACCUCAGUUUGUUUUAUAAUAAAAUAAAUUCACUUCCCCGUGCCUCGUUCGCUUGCGCCUCGAAUCUCACGAACAUCGAUUUGUCACAUAAUAACCUCGCGACAUUGGAUCCACGAUGGUUUGACGGAUCCUUGUAUCUCCGUAGCCUGGUGAUAGAUCAAAGUGCCAUCCGUCGCAUCACGGUCGGACCAUGGAAGACAACUAAUCUUCAGACUCUUGUUCUUAAAAACAACGAUCUCCAUUCUCUUUCUCAUAACACCUUCAAUGGCUUGGCAAAUUUGAAAACACUUGAUGUUUCUGGCAAUUUCAAUCUUUUUCAAAUGUCAAAGGCCGCCCUCACAUCAGUUGGUUCCUUAGAAUCCCUCGUCAUGACGGAUUUGAGACAAUUUACUAUGAAAGCCAUCGUUGGUUACCAUGAGAUCACUGAAGAUCGAACUGCGGAGGACUAUGAAUUCCAACUCAACCUCAUGUUCCAUGACGGCGAUGAAUGGUGGGUAAAUGACUGCAUGAAACCUUUUCUGGAGCAGAGGAUGCCUCAUCUGGGGCGCGUCAUAUUUGGUGAUGCCGAUCUUCACCCAGGAUCGUUCUACUUGAAUGCCAUCUAUGACGUCAUCGAAAACAGCCACAAGACAAUGUUGUUGCUUAGCAACCGGUCUGUAGAUGAUACCUGGUACAUGACCAAGCUCCGUAUGGCAGUGGAACACAUGAAUGACACCAAGUUGGAGAAGGUCAUCUUGAUUUUCCUUGAAGACAUCGAUGAUGACCAUCUACCGUACCUUGUUAGGCUCUUGCUGAGUCGAAACGAGCCUUAUUUGCUGUUGACAGAGGAUGAAGAAGGUCAGGAGGUCUUCUGGGCAAAGAUCCAGAAGAGCAUGAGAUCAAACCGGCAAAUGAACAAUGUUAUACCCGUUUAA